UCCAACUCCCGUCUACUUUUGUCUCUACGUGGAGGAGACAGGACUGCAGACUGGAAGCUGUCUGAUAUUUUAGCCGUACUGACGUUCCACCUCCCUUUUUCUGACUGACCACCUCAGGUCAAUCACAGAAAGAUGACUGGAAAGAUAACAAAAGAUGAGUUGCUGGAGAUGAGGGAAGUCUUUAACAAAAUUGAUCUGGACAGCGAUGGCUAUAUCUGUGAUUAUGAACUCAACGAGCUCCUCAAAGAAGCUGGCCAUGACCUACCGGGGUUCAUGGUUCGUGAGAUCAUCCAGAAACUUGACAGAAACCAGGACAAUAAGAUCAGCUUUGAAGAGUUUUUGUCGAUUGUCCAGGAGCUGAGGGGCAGUGAAAUAGCAAAAACAUUCCGCAAGGCCAUCAAUAGAAAAGAAGGGAUCCUGGCUAUAGGAGGGAUGUCUGAGUUGUCGAGCGAAGGCACACAACACUCAUUCUCUGAGGAAGAGCGCUUUGCAUUCGUGAACUGGAUCAACACGGCUCUGGAGAAAGAUCCUGACUGCAAACAUGUUUUGCCCAUGGAUCCCAACACAAGCUCCCUGUUCUCGUCUGUUGGCGAUGGUAUCGUACUCUGCAAAAUGGUCAACCUGUCAGUGCCAGACACUAUUGAUGAGAGAACCAUAAACAAGAAGAAGCUGUCGAGGUUUACAAAACAGGAGAAUCUUAACCUGGCCUUGAACUCUGCGUCUGCCAUUGGCUGCCAUGUGGUGAACAUUGAUGCUUUUGAUUUAAUGGAGGGGAAGCCACAUCUGGUGCUGGGCCUGUUGUGGCAGAUCAUCAAGAUUGGUCUGUUUGCCGACAUUGAGCUCAGCAGAAAUGAAGCGCUGGCAGCAUUACUGAGAGAUGGGGAAACACUGGAGGACCUAAUGAAGCUGUCUCCAGAGGAACUGCUCUUACGCUGGGCUAACUUUCACCUAGAAAAUGCUGGCUGGCAGAAGAUCAACAACUUCAGCUCUGACAUCAAGGAUUCAAGGGCCUAUUUUCACCUCCUGAAUCAAAUCUCUCCGAAAGGAACAGAAGAAGACCAACCUCGCAUUGACAUCAACAUGGGAGGCUUCAGUGAGAAAGACGACAUGAAGAGGGCAGAGGCCAUGCUGCAGCAGGCUGACAGACUCGGCUGUCGACAGUUUGUCACUCCAGCUGACGUCGUCAGUGGGAACCCCAAACUCAACCUCGCUUUUGUGGCCAAUCUGUUUAACAAAUAUCCAGCACUGACCAAGCCUGAAAAUGAGGACAUUGACUGGGGACUUUUGGAAGGUGAAACGAGAGAGGAGAGAACAUUCCGGAACUGGAUGAACUCUCUGGGAGUGAACCCAAAUGUCAAUCAUCUGUAUGGAGACCUACAGGAUGCCAUUGUCAUCUUUCAGCUCUAUGAGAGGAUUAAAGUGCCUGUUGACUGGAAAAAUAGAGUCAACCAACCUCCUUACCCCAAACUGGGAACCAAUAUGAAAAAGUUGGAAAAUUGCAACUAUGCAGUAGACCUGGGCAAAACAGCCAAGUUCUCUCUGGUUGGCAUCGGCGGGCAGGACCUGAAUGAUGGCAACCCCACCCUGACUCUGGCACUGGUGUGGCAGUUGAUGAGAAGAUAUACGUUGAAUGUGUUGGAGGAUCUGGGAGAUGGACAGAAAGUGAAUGAUGACAUCAUUGUAAAGUGGGUGAACGAAAAAUUGGCAGGGGCUGGAAAAUCAACCAAGAUUUCAAGCUUUAAGGACAAGGCGAUCAGCAGCAGCUUGGCAGUAUUGGAGCUGAUAGACGCCAUCCAGCCUUCAAGCAUCAACUAUGACCUGAUAAAGACCAGCAGCCUCUCUGAAGAAGACAAGCUGGAGAAUGCCAAAUAUGCCAUCUCUAUGGCGAGGAAGAUCGGAGCCCGUGUUUACGCUCUCCCAGAAGACCUCGUGGAGGUCAAACCCAAAAUGGUGAUGACGGUGUUUGCCUGUUUGAUGGGUCGGGGGAUGAAUCGAGUCUAAUAGACUGGCUGGGAUUGUGACACUUUCUAAACCUGUACCCACAAGCCAUUCGAGUUUUAAACGAGCUCCACCUGCUGAAGGAAUGAAGAUUGACGUGGUUUGUUUGUUUUUUUGUUCUUUGAAGGAGAACCCUGCAGUCAGAAUCAUAAAAUUGCAUGUAUCCCUGCCUCUUUUAUUAGAGAAGAAUUUGAGUCCAAAAACCUAAAACCCUUCUAAAGAGAGAUGGGUCUCUAAUGACUAAUGACAACUUGUUACUUUCCAAAUCUGCAAUACUUAAUGUAUAAGAAUGCUGUUUCUUUGUUUUCUUUUUCCUGUCAGCCUAUUUCCAGCUGCGAGGUUGUUUACAUAUUUUUACUCAGACUGAUUAAGAAAGAAUGAAGUCCUUGACUAAGUAACACACAUUCCUGGACAUCGUGGCAUGACUGGGCAAAACGAAAAGAGAGAGUCAGAGAGUUUGAAUACUUGGGUUCAGCACACGUCACAAAACACCCAAAUGUUCACUCUUACUUAAUGAAGUACAGGCGGGUCUUAAUAACUGGCACUAUAAACUUCCACAUAUCUGCAGUCCAUUUGGACUAAUAUGAAGCCCUUUUGUGCUGUCUGGAUGCGUAUACUUGUUCUUUUUUUGUUUCUUGGGAUUAUUUGAUUGGUAAAUUCUGGUUUUGGGGCAUGUGGUUUGUUAUUAUCUUUAUUUUUUUUGCGUCUGUUAUUUUGGAUGUGGAGCGGGCUGACUGGACUCUCCUGACUCCUGCUGUGCUUUCUUGUCUUAAAGAUGACAUGUACAGGUGCUUUGACCAUUUCCCCUUUUUCCCUUUUGUAUUCAACAUUAGCAAAUAUAAACAGUAAUUCCAUGAUAUUCCAUGACAAUGGCCAAAUAGUGUUUGGUCUCAUGUUCAUAUGUACUCAAGUGCUUUACAUGUAAACGAUAAAUAUGACUUUGAAAAAUG